AUGAAGUUAUUUCGCGGGGCACUUGCACAGAUCCAAGUUGGAAAAGCGAUCGAUGUCCGCGAUAUUGUCAGGAUGACUGACCAACGCUCACAUCUUCGUCUCCUAGUCCACACCAGCUGGGGCGUAACGAUCUACCCAUUCCAAGAGGACUCCUCCUUCUGCUGUGGACCGGGCAACUCAUCAUCCAACGCAUGCAUCAACAGCACACGAGGGAGCACAGCUCCGUUCCCCGUGCAAGCUGGAAGAGUUAUAUUCAACCGGACAUCCGGAUCCAUCUCGCCCAACAGUAGUGAGACAGCUGCGGUCACAGUCUCAUCCACAGUCCCUCCAUCAACGACCGCAAAUUCCCCCACAGACCCCACAAUAUGCCGUAAUUGGCCAUCUUCAUCUAAUAAGUCGAGUGCGGUCGGCAUCGGAGUCGGCGUACCGCUUGGGCUAGCAUUGCUUGGUGCUUUGGGGUUGCUGUGGAAACAGAGGGAUCGCGAGCUGAGCGCGAGGAAAGAGGCGCGCGCUUGGGAAGAGAAGUACGAUGAGCUGAGGAGAGAGAAGCGCGGAGAGUUGAUUGGAGUGGAAGGACAGAUGCAUGAGCUUGGAUGUGAGGGCGGGAGGCCGAAUGAACUUGAUGGAAGUCUUGUCUAUGAGGUGGCAGAUAGCAUCAGAUGA